AUGUCAUUCAAAUUUCCUUUGUUCGACUUGAAAUCGAUUCAAGAAUCAUUACCAACGGUUGAUCAAUUCAAAGAAAGUCUUUCCAAGGUCAAUCCGUCGAAAACUGUUGAACAAAUUAGAGACUCAAUUCAACCAUUUGCGUCCAAGACACAGCAGUUGAUCAAUGAGCAAUUGCACCAAGUUCAAGCCCUUGCCUCCAACAAUUCGAAUGUCGAAGUGAGUGAGUUGCCGCAGGAAUAUUUACAAUUGGAGAAUAAUUGCGAGAUCUUAUUAAAGUUGUACACUGAUUUGAUUCAAACAACUAAUGAAACUUAUGGACAAAUUAGCAACGAUUAUCCUCCGGGUAAUUACACCAUAAACAAGAUUAAAGAUGCUCAUGUUGGGGAUAUUAUUGGAAACAAGUUUAACCAAUUGAAGAAUGUAUCAACACCACAAGAGUUGGAGAAAAUCUUGUUGGGUGAGACCGAUGACGACUCAAAGAAUAAAGAGGGACAAAACGAUAACAACUUAUCGAUUAAACCAACUUCACCAGAUUUGCCAAAAACAUUGUAUGGUCAUUUGAGUGCCUUGACUGCCAAAUAUUCCGAAGAGUUGCAAAAAGAUUCUGACCUGAGUGCUCUUGGAUUGGCAUUGUUGAGAACUUCUUCCACCUAUCAUGAGGUCGGGUUGGCAAGAUUGCACCAAGACAAAAGUAUUCUUACUUUAAAUCAUGAAUUGGUGGAAAUUUUGAAUCAACAAUUUAUAAAAGUGAAUGAAUUGAGAAAAAAAGUUUACUUUACGAGGUCUCAAUUUGAUCAAUUAAGAAGUAAAUACGAAUCGAGUGAUCCAGAAAAUGAGGAGUUGACCCAAAAGGAAGAUGAGCUUGUCAGCGCCACUGAGCUUGCCGUUAUCGAGAUGAAGACGCUUUUAAAACCUUCCAAAAAUAUUGAUUUGUUAAAGGUUCUCGUUAAAGCACAAAAGGAAUACUUUGAACUUGGUGCAAAGAAGUUAGAUCGCUUAAUGACUGAAUUAGAUGAAGUACAACCAGAGGAGGAUAAAGAAUAG